AUGGGUGCAAAGAAAUCUAAAUUGAGCAAGAAGAAAAUCGAAGACCUCAGUAACAAAACUAAAUUCACCGCUGCAGAAAUCAAAAGCUGGUAUUCUGGAUUCCUCAAAGAUUGUCCAAGUGGUCAGCUGAGAUUUGAUCUUUUUAAGGCUGAAUUUACCGCAAUUUAUCGACAGUUCUUCCCAAGUGGCGACUCUGGCACUUUCUCAAAUCUGGUCUUUAACCUCUUCGAUGCAAAUGGAGAUGGAACGAUAGAGUUUGAAGAGUUUCUUACGGCUUUGUCAGUAACUUCCCGCGGCAAUCCAGAAGACAAGCUAGAAUGGGCGUUCAAAUUAUACGAUCUUGAUGGAGACGGUACCAUUUCCAAGCCAGAAAUGCUGAAAAUCGUGAAAGCAAUUUCCACCAUGACGGGACAAAGUGACGACACAUUCAAGCCCGCGGAGCGCGUUGAGAAGAUUUUCGCUACCAUGGACGAGGAUGGAAACGGCGAGCUAACCAAGGCCGAAUUUCUUGAGGGUGCGAGAAGAGAUCGGAGCAUCAUGCAAGCCUUGACAAUGGACGCUGGUGGAGGUGUCGCAUAG